GCUCUAGCACGCUGCCACAGACAGCUCUAGACACAGCCUAACAAAGAAUUCAUGUGCUUUAGGAUGAUACAAUUGUGGCUUGUAUUCCAUACCUGUGCAAUUCUCAAUGCACUGCCAACGUUGGAGAGUUAUGUUCGAAAAUAUAGGCCUGUUACGAGCGUUGAGGGAACGCGAACCAUUCGUCGUUAUCCAAAAAGUGUCAUAGAAGUUACCUUGACUUUCGGAGCAACCGACCAAAUGAUUCAAGCUGCUGAGACUGCUAUCAACGACCACUACUCUGCUGUGCUAAUCUCACAAGGAGAGGAGACUAAAAAUAUGGGAAAGGUUAAUGCUUGCUUUAGAUUAUAG